CAAGACGACAGCGAUGGCAGUGACGAGGAGGAGGAAGACGAUGGCGAUGACGAUAGAAGGCGGAAGCGUAAAGAGGGUGCUCUUCUUCCAAAGAAGAAGAGGCGGCAAACAGUUGAGGUCGAGUACGAGGAAGAAGGGCAGCAACAAAGACCCGUCAUGGGUCUUAGCUAGAAGCGUGAUCGUUGCUCUCACGGCGAUGGUGAUCGUGUGCUUGAUCCAAUGCUCCAGGACUGGAACCGUGUUCUUUCGGAGUAUGUCCGAAAUGGGAAUCUCCACGAAGCAAAGAGAGUGUUUGAUUCAAUGCCACACCACUCCGUUGUGUCAUGGAACUGUAUGAUUUCGGUGUAUGCCAGGAACGGGCAUUCUCGGCAAGCUCGAUCCGUCUUUCAGCAGAUGCCUUGGAAGAAUCUUAUAUCUUGGAAUCUCCUUCUCGGCGCGUUCUCCAGAUCUGGCGACCUCGAAGCGUCCAUAGCUCUGUUCGACUCAAUGCCGCUGUGGGAUUUGGUGUCGUGGACAGCCAUUAUAAAAGCAUUUGCCGCAGCGGGGUAUUUUUACAUAGCAAAGCGCUUGCUCGAUCAAAUGCCAGAACACGAUCUUAUAUCGUGGACGACAGUUGCAGCACAAUUUGCAUCAGACGGCCAAGUUGAUGCCGCGAAAGCGAUGUUUGAUUCGAUGCCACAACUGGAUCUAAUAGCCUUGACUGUGAUGCUCGACGCGUAUGCCCAGAGUGGACAUCAUCAUCUUCAAAGAGCCCAAGAGCUGUUUGAUAGGAUGCCCGAGCGGAAUCUCCUGGCAUGGACGGCUCUUCUUCACGCCCACACGCAAGCAGGAAAUAUCCAAGGCUGUGAGAGCGUGUUUGAAGACAUGCCAGAGGCAGACCUCGUCUCGUUAACUGCAAUGCUUGUUGCAUAUGCACAACAGGGCCGAGUUCGCGAAGCAAGGGAUACCUUUGAUGCCAUGCCGGAGAGAAAUCUCAUAGCGUGGACGGCUCUGCUUUCUGCAUAUGCCCAAAACGGGCAUUUGGAGCUCGCCGAGGACGUUUUCAACAGCAUGCCACAAAGGAAUGUUGUGUCCAUGGAGGCGUUGCUUUCGGGAUAUGCUCUUGGCGGCCGCGUGGAAGAGGCCAAGGUGAUGUUUAAUAGUAUUCCAGAGAGAACUCUUGUGUCGUGGAACUCGAUACUUGCAGCGUAUGCUCAACAUGGACAUGUGAAAGAAGUGAAGGCCUUGUUUUACGAAAUGCCCGCUCGGGACCAAGUAACUUGGGACACUCUUUUGUCAGCCCUGACGCAAAAUGGACACCUUGAGCUUGCGAGUGUUGUUCUCGGAUCCAUGCCUGAGCGGUGCUUGGUAUCGUGGAGCGUGAUGCUUGCUGCUUAUGCUCAAACCGGGCACAUACUCGAAGCGCUGGACACCUUUGAUCAUAUCAAGGCGGAGUUUUUCCCCGACCAGUCCUGCUUCGCUCUCGCUUUGAUUGCGAGAAGCUACAGCGGAAAUGUGGAGCGUGGUGUUGCCUGUUUCAUUUCCAUGGCCAUGGACUUUGGUUUGGUCCCAAACAAGCGGCAUUUUUGCUGUAUGAUCGAUUUGUUUGCGCGUGCCGGGCAUCUGGAUCACGCCAGGGAUCUCAUCCUCAACAUGCCCUUUGAGCCCGAUGCGCUCGAGUGGAGAUGCUUGCUAAGUUCCUGCAUUAGCCACCAACAAUCUGGCUAUGCUGGCUAUGGGGCCGAGGUCGCAGGUCGUGCUCUUGGACUCGACUCCAGGCAUGGGUCCGCGUAUGUGCUGCUCGCAAAUGCCAUCGCUCAGUGAAAGGCAUGGCUAGUUUUAACGUUUUGCGCCAAACACUACCAAUUUGCGGGCUUCUAUUGGACAAGAAAUAUAGACAAAAGGAUAAUGGUAAGGGUGUGCAUCAAUCACAAUUUAGGAAAAUGUGUCACAAGCCAAAAAAAAAUGCGGGGCCUAAUCAAAUCGAAUCGAAAACACUCCCUCUCCCCCGACAGGUCGCCGACAGGCGCACGGGCGUUGGGCCACGAACGCCGGCUCACAGCCAUGGCGACGCGUGGCGGCCAUCCGUACGGCGGCCGCCACUCCCGCCGUCUUUUCACCAGUCUUGUUGUCCAUGUCAGCAGACAUCCCAACCGUCGAUUCCACGCG